AUGGAUCAGCUGAGCGACAAGGCCAAGCUCGCGCCCACUUCCUCCACCAAUCGCAGCUUGCCCAAACCUAGCGCAACCAGCAGCUCGACGCGCAAGCCCGCAGUAGCGGAUGCGUCUGAGAUGGACGUCGAUGGCGCACCUCUUGACAUUGACGAAGACGACGAGGACCUGCCUCCCUCGACCCGCAUCAACCAUCUUCAGCGUACCGUCGCGCGUCUGACAAAGGAACGCGACGCUCUGUCGCGCUCCCUGACCGAUGUUCAGGCCCUGCGAUCCACCAGUGCGGAGACGGCCCUCGCGAGCUACAAGAGAGCAACAGACGCCAAGAUGAAGCACAGCACUGAAUUAGCUACCAGUUUGAAAGCAAGGCUGCAAAGCGCAGAGAGGAAGGCAAAGAAGGCGGGCGGAGGAGAUAUGGAUGAAGAGGACGAGGCCGGGCUCGAGGUCGAGGACGAUGUGGUUGAGAAGCUGCGUGAGGAGCUGGAGAGGGAGAAGAAGGCGAGGAGAGAGGCACAAGAUAAGACCAAACGCCUAGAGCAAGAUCUGCGAACCGCCUCUUCCUCCUCGUCAGCCGCUCGCGGUACCGCAGCUCCCGUGGGCCAAGGAACCCUCAACGAUGCAGACAAUCGAGCGGUACGCCGCCUCUAUGAAGAUCUGACGGGCAUUGUCAUCUCGCGCGUCGACAUUCUGAAAGGAGAAGACGCAGACGAUGAGGAGCGCCGCAAGUUCACCGGUGUCUUUACUGCCACGGGCCAUCACGACCUCCAACUCAGCCUUGAGGAAUCCUCUUCUUCCCUCCCUUCGGCUACCUCCGACGCCUCGAGUAGUACACGCAGGGAGGACCUCAUUUUCCUUCCAAACCUCGACCCGCAACGCGACGCAGCCCUCGUCUCAUCAAGCACUCUACCUUCCUACAUGAGGAGCGAUUUGCGCUUCGACCGUGGCCUCAGCACCAAGUUCUUGGGAUCGCUGGUCAAGGGACUCAAGAAGUAG